AUGACACGGUUCGCGCGAACAAAGCGAAAACGGUAUGCAGAAGAUGGCAGCGCAACUCCAUGGUCUGCAUUGUCGGUGGGAAACAGAGGGGCUGAUCCCUUGGUGAAACAACGGUCCCGUAUGGACGGGGAAACCUCCACUUCAAACUCGGAAGGUCGUUUUUGUGAGGUUGCCAACAGGGGUAUUUCUGAAAGAGAAGGUCGAAUUAAAAUCGUUGGGAAAUUUAUUUUUGACAAUUUAAUUUCAAAUGGCGAGGAUAUUACUAAAGUUAACGAGGGGAAGAAGAGGAAGAAAAGAAAAACUAAACAGGCACUUAGUGAUGUUAGUUCGCAGUGCUCACUGGAGCAAUCGGAAGCUAGAUCGCUUCAUAUUCGUGGUGGUAACAGUACCUUGGAUUAUGAUUCAAAUGAAGAGGGCUUGAAAGAAGUUUCCAGUUCCGGAAAGAGUCCUAUGGACGUCAUUUCGGCAGAGGAAAUUGAAAAAAGAGUGUAUGAUAUAACGCGUGAGGGCGGACUCGGGAUUCUCCAAGCUGGAUAUCUUGUUCGUCAGUGGAAGAAGCGGCAAAGCCAUAACUUGCAGAAAGAUUCCGAAGAUGAUCCGCACAACAAAAUUGUGCGGUUGAAAAAUCACGCUUGUGGUACUGUGGAAGAGUACAAAAAAUUAGUGAAUGAUUAUGUGAAAAAAGGUUUGAUUACCCGUUACGAUGCAGGCAAAAUGAUCAAGAACUGGAAAACUAGCGAGAGAAGAAGAAUCGGACGACAGAUCAAGAAGGUUUCUAAUGCGGGUAUUACAAAAGGGUAUUCAGCACUUUUUUUCUUGGUGUACUUAUGGAUGAAAAUAUUUGUUGUACUUUAUUUAACAAACUUGCAGUGUUGUUUCCUUUGCCGAGAGCCUGGCCAUCAGUUUACAGAAUGUCCAAAACGCGAUGAAGUCAAAAUGGGUGCUGGUAUUUGUUUUAAGUGCGGUUCUUCAGAGCAUACAGUUAUGAAGUGCCCUCGGAAGAAUGUUGCUGGUUAUCCUUACGCCUUUUGUUUCGUAUGCCAACGGCGGGGGCAUAUUUCUCGAGACUGUGAAAAAAAUCCUAAUGGAAUAUACCCCGACGGCUAUCAAAAUUUUGCAACUUUCGGUCAUUCUGUUUAUGAGGAGAUAUUUUUAGGGGGGUCUUGCAACCUUUGCGGAAGCCAGAAGCACUUAAAAAAGGAUUGUCCCGAGCUAAAUAACAGCAGGAAUUCUUCAAAAAAAGGCAUAGCUUCAAUUUUAGAACUGUUUUUACUUAUAUUUUUGUAA